UAGCUAUACUGCAAUUAGUAGGCAAGAUGGUCUAUACCAGCACCCUCCUCUCGCUGCUGGCGCUGUCCACCAGCGCCGUCGCAAAAUAUGGAGGCAACCUGAACUACCGCAGCCCUUCCCUAAACCAGGAUCACACCAACAUGGGGAUCAACGUGGACGCCAUCCAACGCCGCAGCCUAUCCAAACGUGAUGAGGUCCCCUUCCAACCAUCCCAGCUAAACUUCACCCACAGCGUCGCCUCUGGUGACCCCUACGCAGACAGCGUGAUCCUCUGGACCCGCAUCGCCCCGUCCCUGGAAGCCUCAGACAGCAACACCACUGUCUCGGGGGACGUGCCUCUAUACGACCACGACAACGAGGGCUACGCCAAGGCAUCUGCACACCCGAUCUGUGUUGAGUACCGCGUCUUCUCGGACAAGAGCGCGCGUGAUGUCGUCGACAAGGGCCGCGUCCUGACCAGUAGUGAUAUCGACUACACUGUCAAGGUCGAGGCUACGGGCCUCAAGCCGUUCACGAAUUACUGGUACCGGUUCAAUGUUUGUAACUCGGAUAAGGUCUCGCCGCUUGGACGGACCAAGACUGCUCCAACGGAGAAGGAGGAUAUUGAGGAGGUUAAGCUUGCUGUGCACUCGUGCAGCAACUACCCCAAUGGGUACUUCAACGCAUACGGAAAUGUCGCCCGCAAGGACAAUGUUGACUACGUCGUCCACCUGGGCGACUAUAUCUACGAGUACGAAAGUGGCGUCCCGGGCGUCGACGAGCGUGCUGUCGUUCCCCAGCGAGAGAUCUUCUCUCUGUAUGACUACAGGACUCGCCUUGGGCAGUACCGGACGGACCAGGAUCUUGUCGCGUCUCACCAGAAGUUUCCCUGGAUUACUGUGUGGGAUGACCAUGAAAUUGCAAACAACGGCUACCGCGAUGGUUUCAGCGGUCUACGGAAUACUGAAGACUCUUUCCUGAAUUAUGGGCCCCAGAUCAGCGUUGACCAGCGCAAGCUGAAUGCCGUCCGUGCUUACUUCGAGUGGAUGCCUAUCCGCCAAGUUGACAUGGACGAUGGCCUGCGCAUCUGGCGAAACUUCCAAAUGGGCAACCUCUUCGACCUGAUCAUGAUCGACACCCGGCACUACGAUCGCUCAAUCACGGAUAUCAGCGACAACUCUGACUACAUUGAGAUGAUCCACGACGACGCCGGCCGGAGCAUCAUGGGCCCGCGCCAGGAGAACUGGUUCUACCGCCAGCUCUCCGAAAGCAAGGACCGAGGCGCGAAAUGGCGCGUUAUCGGGAACCAGCUGGUCUUUGCACACAUCGAGCAACAAGAAGAGGACGGGUCCAUCACGUUCAGUACCGAUGCCUGGACGGCGUACCGGGCGAACCAGAACAGAACGCUCAAGCAUAUGUACGACAAUGAGAUUACGAAUAACAUCAACAUUGCGGGAGAUACACACGUUAACUGGGUAUCCGACAUGAUCUGGGAAGGCACAAAGCCCUACAACAACAUCACCGGCGAGGGCGCAGUGGGCGUUGAGUUCGCCGGCACUGCCGUCUCCAGCACCGGCCUGAGCACCGUCUCCCGCGAGCACGGUGAACAAAAGGCCAACACGUACAACAUCAACCCGGAACUCAAGUGGGUGGAGGGUUACUACCGCGGGUACUUCGAGCUGCACCUGCGCCAGGAAGAGGCCGAAGCCCGUUACUUUGGUUGUCCCACGGUCGCGACAAGGAAUAGCUGGGAGCUGCCCCUGGCGAACUGGACGGUCAAGCACAGUGAGAGCCAUCUGCAGCGCCCGUUGGCUGGGGGUGAGGUAGAGGCGGGAUUUGUUCAGGAGGGCGAGUUGAAGCACAGUGAUGUCUCGCUCAAUACCGAGACUGGCGAGUGGAAGGAAGUCCGGUUUGAUCAGAUGUUCCUCAAGUCCUAGACUAGUAAUCCGAUAGAUUUAGAAUUGUAUACCAGUUCGAUAAUAUAUCCCCAGUUGUAGGGGUAUAUCAGCCGUGUAGUUGUGCCUUCAUGAGAUUCAGCAAUCGAAGCUCCUUCCUUUUUGGUCUCGUCCAUCGAUUGGAACAGUAGUAAGUCACUCGGGAUAGCUUGAUUGUCGAUAAAUGGGUAAGUAGAUGGUAGCGGGGAGAAGGAUGCAUAUUGACUGAAUGGCCACGAAUCUGUAAAUUCUUUUUAAUUAGCGUUUCUAACAUUUUCAAUGUUGGAGUUGGGAUUCCGGCUUGUUUAAUGUGAUCACUGCUGCGACAGAAUAUAUUUCCGCCUACCGUACUUCCAACACCCUUAGCACAUCCAGCUCUAGAUAGCAUAACAGCUUAUCAAUUAACAGUGAGCUGAUGAAUGCUGAUCAAAUGAUUAUCAAUAGCUGACCAAGAUCUUGUCGGAGGCACCGAUAUUCUGCAUUCG